AACCUCCUGAUCUGAAUUUUAAAAUGAAACAACAUAAGACAAUAACUUAUAACUGUAUGCUCAUCACUCGUUAUCCAAAAUCAACUGUGUUACUCGAAAGAUGUCGCUGUUUGUUUUACUAGGUAAGGAAUUGAUUUUAUCUUUAUCAAUUUGUGGUUUAUCAUAUUUGUGUGUAUAUUGUUUCUUGUUAAUAGUCUCUUUUCGGAUUUUUCUUUUAAAAGGUUGUGUGUUCUUUUUUUUAAUCGUAUUCUUUUCUGUUUUGGCAUGGUAUACAUCAUUUUUUGUUGUAUCAAUCUCAAUACUCAGACCUUUAGAAUCACUAUAAUGAGUUUUAAUUUCAUAAUUAUCUGAAACGCUUUCGUCUUUAUCACUCCUGUCUUCAAUAUCAGAAGAAUCAUUUUCACUGUCUUUCUCUUCUUCACUCCUUUUAGUACCUUUGAAUUUUUCUGUAAAAAGCUUAAUAUAUUCUUUGUAAGUGACUGUUGGGUGUGGCGUUAUUUUAUAAGAUAACGUUGUCCAACGAUAAGGAGCGUCUAGGUCGAAAUCGACGUUAUUUGGAUAAUUUAUAGGAAUGUUCUUUUUUUGUGAAGUAGUCAAGAUAAUUGAUUUAGUUUGUCUACUACUUUCAGAAUAGCUUGAACCAAGCGGUCGUAGGAUCUACCAAGGCAAAAGAACUAAAGUAAAGUACUUUCCGUUCAUGGCCAGUAUUGAAGUGUUCAACAAGUUUCAAUGUGGCGGUUCCAUCAUCAAGUCUGAUCUGGUCAUCACCGCAGCUUCAUGUUUGCAAUUGGCAUGGAAUAAUCGCUUCUUCCGAGAGAACCCAGCGUUUUUGGCCGUUCGCGUCGGCAGCACGUAUUAUAAUGGCGGCGGUGAGGUGAUACCGGUCCUUGAAGUCUAUUUCCACCCCUCUUACAACCCGAAGAACUUAAGAAGCAACAUUUGCUUACUAAGACUCCAGCGGAGGAUCAAAUUUAGGAGAAGAACUAAGAGAGUGAGAAAGAUUGAUAUUGAUAGAGAAGAUAAUCCUCUGCCUUUGAAUACCGAUGGUGUUGCCGUUGUUGGUUGGGGGGCUAAAAGGGCGAGCAACAUUGUCGUCGAUCCUUGGGAAAAUAGAUUAUCCUUUUCAGUCCUUGAUGUUUAUCCAAUGUGGGAUUGUAAGGAUGUGUAUUCCAGUCAAUACGUAACAAAGGAUAACUUCUGUGCCGGUUUCCUAUCAAAGGGCGGAGGCGCUUGUAAUCACGACGUUGGCGGACCGGGUAUUGUGAAUGGCCUUUUAGCUGGUAUUAUCAGCUUCGGAGCUCCCGUGUGUGGUGCAUCCGAUGCUCCCACCGUCUUCGUCAAAGUUGGGUUUUACGCUGAUUGGAUAGAUGAAAUAAUGUCGCAGGACGUUCCGCACGGGAAGAAAAGAACAACAUUGAAACCUCCAGUCUACACGCACAUGCCAUCUUACAAGCCUGAAACUACGACUUUCAUAAUCGAACCGUUGAGGGAGUCCAAGUUAGAAGACGAGGUAACCAUCAACAAGGAACUGCGGCAGUCGAAAUCAGAUAACAAGGGGUUAUUCAAAGAAUUCCUAAGAACGAUGUUUAACGAGGAAGAAAUCAAGCAAUAUGCUGAUUUAAUUGAUGAAACGGAAAUCGAUAACGAUAAUAUUGGUGUUAAUGAAACAAAAUCUGUGACAAAACUUGAUUUUGAAACAAGUGAAGUGACCGAAACUUAUCAAAAUAAAAUUACCCAAGAAAUUCAAGUUAAAAGACUAUCGAAGACAAAUUUGAUAAAACCAGUGGAAAUUAGGAAUACUGAAAAUAAGAAAACUUCUAAAUCAGAUAAAAAUGAAAAUAAAGAUUUAAAAAUCACAGACGAAAAUAUUUUAACUUUACUUUAUUUGUCUGAUGACGAAAAGAAAGAAAUGGCAGAACGCACAGAUAACGAAAGUGGCCUAGGUAUAGCAACAGAUCCAUUUAAAGAUUUAACGUUCAGAAGUAAUUCCUCAAAUGCAAUUAAUUCGAUACAUAAGGACGAAUUUUACGAUUUAAUUGCAGAAAUUAUUGAUGAAACGGAGAAACGAACUAAAAGAUGAAUGCAUAUUUAAUUUAAUAAUAAAUAUUUUGAUUUUU